AUGGCAAAAGUGCAGGAGCGUCUCGCCGUGCUCAGCUUAAACAUCUUCUGCCGCCCUGAAGGCAUCCACAGCGGUCAGUGGUUCAAGACUGGCGACUACAAAGACUUGAGGGUAGCGUUACUGCUUCGUAAGAUGACCAAAUUCGACGUGGUGAUCCUCCAGGAGAUGUUCGAGGCCGGACCAAGACAGAAGCGCUUCGUGCGGGAAGCCUACGCCAUGGGCUUCCGCUACCACUGCGGAUCUGUGUGGCCGCGACUAUUGGACUCUCGUCUUAUUGAUGGCGGACUGUUGAUCCUCAGUCGUUAUCCGAUCGUGGAGCGCGACCAGCUCGCGUACUCGCAGGGCGCUGGAAGUGACGGAAUCUGUGCCAAAGGCGUGCUCUACGCUCGUAUCCAGUUAUCGCCAGACCUCUCAGACUCACUUCAUGUAUUCACUACACACACUCAAGCAGGUGACAACUACAAGGACUACAGUAUUCGCCUCGCUCAGAUCCAGGAGAUGCACCGUUUCGUUGCCAGAACGAUCCGAGACGACCCCGGAGUGCCUGUCCUCAUCACAGGCGACUUCAACCUCGACGCUCGACACGAUUUAGUACACGACUCGCAAACUGGGCUGGUCACAUCUACUCGGUGUCGAGAGAGCAAAGUGUACCAGCAACUUGUGGCGGACUUUGAGCGUGUGGUACGCGAGGCAAGGUUGAACUUCGCGAGGGUAGCGGGAAAAACUGUCGACGCAGACAACACAGCAGAGUCUCUGAUGAUCGACCUUAUGAAGCGAUGUGAUACUACCAAGCUUGGCGAUGAGAUCCACCCGAUCACGAAUGGUGACGGACAUUCGCUACUGUUUCAUAAGACAGACCCACUGUCUCUCGAGAAAGAUGGCAAGUGUAUCGACUACAUGUUCUUCUGUCCAGGGAUCAAUGACCAGACAACGCCCCCAGCAGUGCUAGUGUGGAGUCGGUAG